CUUAAAGUUCAAGAAAAAAUUUAUCUUUAUACGCCUACUCAGUGGUUUUUCUGCGUAGGAUUGAGGACGGUCCAUGCAUUUAUCCGUCAAAUCUAUUACACGAAGGGAAAAAAGCGCAGAUCGCACGUGUUUAGCAAUUACGAGGUUUUUUUUUUUCUUUUUAUCCCUAUGAAUUCUGACAGGUUUGAGAGAUCCCAGAAACUUAGGAUCUUAGCCGAACAUCUCCGAAACUACAAACCUGACCCAACUUUUGAUGCCGUAAAUGACAAAACUCACACAAAUUCAAGAAUUCAAGAUCCAAUACAAACUUCAGAAUCUGUUAACAACCCAAAUGCGAUUCCAUCUGAAGGAAUCAAAACCAACAGAGCUGCAGUUUUGAUCUGUCUGUUUGAGGGCGAAAAGGGUGAUCUUCGUGUAAUUCUUACAAAAAGAUCUUCUACACUUUCCUCUCAUUCCGGUGAAGUAGCAUUGCCUGGAGGAAAAAUGGAAGAGGGUGAUGCCGGUGAUGCCGCGACUGCACUGAGGGAGGCUAAAGAGGAAAUUGGAUUGGACCCUUGUGCUGUGGAUGUUGUAACUGUUCUUCAUCCCUUCCAUACUAAGAGGAACAUUACUGUAAUCCCUGUGAUUGGCAUAAUGUGGGAUAAAAGUGCAUUCAACCCAGUCCCAAAUGUUGACGAGGUGGAAGCAGUAUUUGAUGCUCCUUUAGAAAUGUUUUUAAAGGAUCAAAAUCGAAGAGCAGAGGAGCGAGAAUGGAUGGGAAAUAAAUAUCUGCUCCAUUUUUUUGAUCAUCAAGUAGACAGUGAGACCUAUGUGAUAUGGGCUUUGACAGCUGCAAUUUUAAUAAAGGUUGCAUCAGUUGUGUACGAUCGGCCACCUGCUUUUGAAGAGCAUAGGCCUAAGUUCUGGAGUAGAAGUCGCCAAUGAAGAUGCUGCUGCGAUUUCCUCAUAGUAAGUAUGUUCGAAAACCCCAAGUGUAUGUUUGGUUCGCGAUACUAGACAUGUCUAGAUAGCACAAUAAACGAGAUCUAAACUGCUUUCUUUUGGUCAUUGAAGUCAAAUCUUGUAGAUUCCAUUCUACCAAACAGACCAUAUGGGUGGAAAGCUAUUGUGUGAGCAUGCCACUGACCCAUUGAGCUGAAGCUCAGUUUAUGUGAUACUGUGCUUGUUGUACACUUCAUAAUUUAUACAGUGUUAAGUGGUCUUUUUAGCAUUGUUAUUCAUCUUUUAUCUACAUAUGGAAAGAGUAAUAUAAUGAUGAAAAUUGAGUUGAUUGUA